AUGGCAGGAAGCACAAGUGGAAUCAUUGCGGGGAUGAACCCGCUAGAGUACAACUCUAGCUCUCCGUAUACAAUAUUUUUCUUUCAGCUUAUCGUCAUUCUCACGUUCUCGCAGCUGCUCUACAUCCCCUUGAGCAAGAUCAAACAGCCAAGGGUAUUGGCAGAGGUGUUGACCGGUAUUGUGUUGAGCCACACGGCUCUUGGGCGAAUCCCCAACUUCACGGAGUACGUGUUCCCAGAAGGCUCGAGACCGGGGUUGACCCUCGUUGCAAAUAUCGGGAUCUGCUUGUUGAUGUUCAUUGUUGGCUGCGAAGUGGACGUCAAGUUCAUCAAGAAACACAUUAUCACGGCGUUGUCCGUCGGUAUCUUCAACAUGGCGGUGCCGUUCGGUUUGGGAUGUGCCUGUGCAGUGGGCCUAUGGAACGAUUAUCGAGUCCAUGUCGAGGAGUUGCCGAAGAUCAAGUUCACCACCUUUAUGGUCUUCAUUGCCACAGCCAUGUGCAUCACUGCGUUUCCCGUGUUGGUGCGUAUUCUCACCGAGCUUCGGUUGGUGAAGGACAGAGUUGGAACGGUCGUCCUUGCUGCAGGUAUCACCAAUGACUUAUUGGGUUGGAUCUUAUUGGCCUUGAGUAUCACCUUGGCAAAUGCCUCUCAGUCGAUUGUCACCUUGUACAUUGUCUUGGUUGCUAUUGCCUGGUGUUUGUUCAUUUGCUUUCCGGUGAGAAUUGCUCUUCAUUUUGUUCUGAAGAAUGUCAUGAAAGAGUUUGAUAACCCUAACUCCCCUUCGAGAUCUGCAAUGUUGAUCCUCUUGUUGAUGAUGUUUGCUUCCUCUUUCUUUACAGACAUCAUUGGUGUUCACCCGAUCUUUGGUGCUUUCAUUGUUGGGACGAUCGUUCCGAGAGAAAACAACUACAUGAUCUCACUAACGUCGAGGAUCGAAGACUUGGUCAACAUCAUCUUCAUCCCUGUCUAUUUUGCAGUGGCCGGAUUAGACGUUGAUUUGGGUCUACUGAACCGUGGCUUAGAUUGGGGGUGGGCUAUUGGCUUGAUUGGGGUUGCAAUGGUUGGUAAGAUCUUUGGCGGCACCAUAGCUGCCAAGUUACGUGGACUCUACUGGAGAGAAAGUGCAACAGUCGGUGUCUUGAUGUCCUGCAAAGGUAUCGUCGAAAUUGUUGUUUUGCAAGUCGGAUUGAAUGCCAAAAUAAUCUCCAAGAAAACAUACUCCAUGUUCAUUUUCAUGGCGUUAGCUACAACAUUUUUCACAACCCCGUUGACCCUAUAUUCAUAUCCUAGUAGUUAUAGAGAGAAAGUGCAAACCUGGUUGGCGGAAAAAGAAAAAAUGGGCUCCAAGGACACGACAGCUGGUCCCGCUGAUGCUGAAAACGAUACUGCUAAUGUCACCAAGAACGCCAAGAUAGAUAAGAUCAUUCUCUCUGUUGAAAAUGUUGAGAGUGUUUCCAAUGGUCUUUUACUCUUAGACAUCUUUUUGGAGAUUUUAAAAGUGCCAGUUCAUGCCAUCAACUUGAAAACGUUGACCGAACGUACAGCAGAUCUUUUACAUGCAUCAAUGAUGGACGAUAUGACACCAGACCACAGCUUUAACUCGUUGAAUUCAAUUUUGAGCAUAUUCAAAAUUUUCUGCCAUUUCAAUAAAAUCCCAUUCACCUCAGAAAUAUUAUACUCCCUACCUGAAAGUUACAUACAAACCUUACUGGACAACCCUUCGUUUUCUUCUGAUGACUUGCUCAUACUACCGAUAUCUCGACGCCAAUUUUCGGUCGAGUUUCUUUCGGAUAUGAUACGAGAAAGCAAACGGGAAAGCAAGGAAUAUAAUUUCCACAAGGCGAUCUUUAUCAGCAACACGCAAGAGCUAAGCACCAAGCCUGAAAGCGAGAAUGAAAAUGAUAAUGAACACAAAAACAUCAAGAAGGAUGUUGAUAACGAAAAAUCGAAAGAAUCUUCAAACAUUGAGACGAAGAGCUACUUUUCAGAGGAUACCAUAUUGAACGCAUCGUCCUUACUUAUUUCGACGGUUACACUAUACAUCAGUAAUCCGGAAUUGACUGACCAGGAUAGACUCGGAAUGAAGCUAUUUGACAUUCUCAUGCGUCGGAAAGAUCUUAUUAUUGCAAACGUUGUUUUGACCAAUAUUGAAAACGAGUCGGAAACAUACGAUAUAAUUUCUUCCUGGUUGUCUUCGGACGAAGAAACUUUCAGAAACGUUCACCUUUCCCUCGAAACAAACAAAUCCCUUGCGGAGCCUGUUCCUUCGGUCAAAAGUGCGAAUCUGGAUAGCUUGGUGAUCGUUUCUGCGGACUAUAACUUAGAAUUGGUUACAAGCUUGGUGGAAACUCACAAAAAGGUGUUUGUCCUUUUCUGA